GGCCUGCGUGAGACUCGCGCACCGCUAAUUGCUUGCUAGACUCUUUGUUCUACUUGAUGAAGUUACUCUUCCCAUUCAACGCUCCACUCGCGCCAUCGGACAUGAGUCUGACUGCGAUCACCUCAACUUCCCGCAAAGCCCGUUCUUCGUACCUCGCCCUCUACUCAGUCAGACGCAGGAUAUCAACAAGCUCUUCUCGGUCCUCUCAGUUCCACCGCUCUGAUUUUACAGGACAACCGUUUACCGGCAGCUAUGAGACGGGGCUCCCCACCUCUGGCCCGCUGGGCUCCGCGCCAUCCUUUGGCGCUCCACGGUUGACCCCCAAGAUGCUAAAGCAGCAUUUGGACCAGUUUGUUGUUGGCCAGGAUAGAGCUAAAAAGGUUCUAAGCGUCGCCGUCUACAAUCAUUACCAAAGAGUCCAGGAGCUGCAGAGAAGAGCUGAAGAGCACGAGGCGUUCCUGGCACGACAGGCGAGGAGGGAAGCUGUAGAAGGCCACCCUCUGGAGUCUGAAUUCCCAGGUCAGCAGCGGACCAUUUCUCUCCCGCCUUGUGAAUAUAGUGAUGACCUUUCACCGCCAGGGACUGAUAGUCUCGUUGAUACAACUCCUCUCAUGCUGGAAAAAUCCAACAUCUUGUUAUUAGGACCGUCAGGGGUUGGCAAAACUCUCAUGGCGAAGACGCUAGCACGUGUGCUCUCGGUACCUUUCAGCAUGUCUGACUGCACACCAUUCACCCAGGCUGGCUAUAUUGGAGAAGAUGCAGAUGUCUGUGUGCAUCGAUUGCUGGCUGCUGCAAACUAUGAUGUGGCACAAGCAGAGCAUGGCAUCAUUUGCCUUGACGAAGUGGAUAAAAUUGCUACUGCGAAAGUUAGUCAUGGUAAAGAUGUCAGCGGAGAAGGCGUGCAACAAGCUCUCUUGAAGAUUAUCGAGGGAACUACAGUUCAGGUUCAAGCUAAGCCAGAGAAAAACGCGCCUCGCCAUGGAGGAUCCCCGACCAACUUUCCUGGUACUAGUCUCGGAGGCUCAUCGUUCUCUUCAUCAACUCAAGGGCCAUCUGGAAAAGCUGAGGUUUAUAAUGUCCGAACGGACAAUAUCCUCUUUAUCUUCUCCGGAGCAUUUGUAGGGCUUCAGAAGAUCGUUAUGGAUCGUAUAUCACGCGGGUCAAUGGGAUUUGGCCAGCCUGUUCGUUCUUCCGCGAAUCCUUUCAGCUCGCAUAACUGGUCUUCACACAACGCACCAAUACCUAUCCGUCCAGGUUCCGAGGAAGAAGCUCUCUACAAGAAGCAUCUCCCCUUUUUUACACCUUCCCAGACCCCUUCGGUUGCUGGCACCGAAGAAGAGCCACAAUAUUUCAACCCCCUUGAUCUUCUGACCCCUCCUGACUUACAGUCAUAUGGCUUCAUUCCUGAGCUUGUCGGUCGUAUUCCUAUAACCACCGCUCUAUCCCCCCUAUCCCAAAAUCUUCUGCUACGUAUCCUCACAGAGCCACGGAAUUCCCUAGUAAACCAAUACACUACUUUAUUCGCCCUGUCUGGGAUCGAGCUGCGUUUCACCACGGCCGCGCUACACAAAAUUGCAGCCAACGCCUUCGCAGUAUCUACCGGAGCUCGUGCUCUACGCACGGAAAUGGAGACAAUCCUUGGCGACGCCAUGUUCGAAGCUCCGGGGUCAAGCGUGAAGUUUGUCCUUGUCACGGAAGCCGUCGCUGCCCGGAAGGAGAAAGCUGUGUAUCUUGCCCGUGGCCAGGGAGGCAAAUUCCACGCUAUGAUCGCAGCGGAAGAAAGCGCAUGGGAAGAGAAAGCGAAGAAGGAGAAAGUCGAGCGGGAAAGAAAAGACCAAGCAAAUAGCUUUGAGGAAUGGAGACGGAGCUCUGCUGUUGGAGGGUUCUCAUGAUGGCUCUCUUUUUUUUGCUAUGGUUUGGUUUGUGAUAUUUAUGUGUAAUGGGCAUUACUUUUUGGUACUAUCAGUGUUUAAGGGAUGGUUAUGUUGGGGAGUUUCAGCAUCAGGGCUGCAUCAGGCGCUAAUGUUUUUAUUUUCUUUUCUGCGAGCAGCCAUAUAUUUCUUCUGUGUAGCAGGCAUAAGAACUUAGCCAUUCUUAGUUCUGUGAAUAGUGCACUUUGACAGCAUGGCAUGCUAUGUUGCCUGUUUG